AUGGCUCAUCUACUAAGUGAGGAGAUUCUGCAACAGCUGGCUGUUGUGGUGUAUGAGGCUCAGGACGUGGAACUGACCCAGUGCUUCCUGAAGAAGGUUGAUGGAGACCUGUCUAACUGUAGACUGGACUGGGAUGUGCUUCACUACCUGCUGAAGAGCACCACACAACCCAUCACCAUCAACCUCACGAGGAGCAGAAUCAGACAGCAAGACAUACCUCAUCUUCUCCCGUUCCUGAAUAAUAUUCACUUUCAAAGAAUGAAUUCCCACUUUGAGAGGACAGCUUUGAAAGAAAUACACAAGCAACGUGCUGGUCACAUGGUGACUACUUUAGUGAGGUCAUCAGAUGAAUGGAUCAACUUGAACAACCUGGUCUUGAACCAUGAUGACUGUGAAGCACUGCGCUUUGCCUUACACUACAGUGAUGGGGUCAAACUCAACCUGUUGUGGACCAUCAUUCCAAAGGAGGAGAUGGGGAGGAUCCUGACUCUUCUACACAGGGUCUCUGAACUCAGGGUAGACAGGAAACUACUCCUGGAGCUCCUCCAUGCCUGGACAGGGUUGAUAACACAAACAGAGGCACCCACUGCACUCUUGAGGGCUCUGCAUCACAAACUGGACCUCUCCCGCUCUUCUGCCAUGGAUCUGUCAGGGCAGGAGGAAGAGACUGUUUUGAGCCUCAGUUCUCAGGACUGUAGGGUCAUCUCUGCAGCCAUCCAUAAAGCUGAUGGUGACACAGAGCUGAUUCUACACGACUGUCAGGUUGAGGAUGCAGGACUAGAGGAGUUUUACAAAGAGUCCAUUUUACAAAGAGUCCAUUUGAGCCUUGGAAAACCUAUUUUGCUACAGCUCCUUCACUUGAUAUUUGUGGAAGAUGGAGGCAGGUCAGUGAGACUUGCUUCCCUACUAUCCAGAGCCCUGGGGAAGGAACUGGACCUCAGUCAGACCCCGUUGGACCUGAUGGCCUGUUCAUCACUGGCAUUGAUUCUGGAGCACUCAGAAGGGUUUUCGAAGCUGGACCUCAGCGACUGCCACCUCACCGACACACAUCUGGAGUUUCUGCUCACACAUCUGCACAAGGCACAAGUCCUAAAUCUAUGCAAUAAUGAAAUCACUGACGAAGGAGCUAUGAAACUAUACAGGAUUAGAAACAGCUUUACAGAAACUGUAUGGCUUUGCAACAACAAGAUCACUGAGUUUGACAGCUUCUUAGCGGAUAAACGCUACAAACUGUUGCCUGCUCACGUGUCAGGAAUACAGGACCGACACAUUACAAACUUGGGCUCUACCUCUGUGAGAGAAGAGACCUCUAAGGUGUUUUCAAAGACCAAACCCAUUAUUACAGAAUAUGACCCUGAGAUAGUUGAAGAAAGCAAGAUUUCCUACAGGUAA